AUGGAAGGAGACAAAGUGAUUCUGAUAAUUCUGUUCAUAAAAAGUCUCUCCGCAGCUCAACAUCCCCUCUCAACGGAAAACUGCGGACUUCCAGAAAAACAACCAGACCAUUCAGACUCUGUGAUAAGCGAACGAAUUUUAAACGGCACGGAUGCGAUUCCCGGAGCUUGGCCCUGGCAAGUUGAGAUUACGGACUUAGACAGACACGUCUGCGGAGGAGCACUGAUUGAACCACAAUACCUCCUUACAUCUGCCCAUUGUGUACUCGAACUAUCUUUGAAUGUUUUAAAAAUUUGGCUUGGAAGCUAUUCGAGUAAAAACAAAGAUAAUGCACUGGAGGAGACAAUUGACACCAUUUGCAUUCACCCUGCCUUCAAUGAAAGCGGGGGAGAGUAUGACAUUGCCAUUAUAAAACUGAAAAACAGGGUGAAUUGCUCGCAGAAUAUUAAACCAGUUUGUCUCCCGGACAAGAACGACGAACCAGAUUGUGACCAUCCGAUGUAUAUGGCGGGAUGGGGAUACAAAGAGCCUUUGGAGUAUAAUGAUCAGUUUAUAUCUGGGCCUACCGAAAUUAUACAAGACGCACAGGUGCAAGCAAUAUCUGAUUCCGCACUUGGCUCGCAGGAAGACGAUAAAGACGAAUCACCUUCCGAAGACUAUUAUGACUAUGACGACUCCGCUGCACCAACCUCGCCGUUCCGUAAUAUAAACCCUGAGAUACUCCAACAAGCGCGAACGCAGCUAAUCUCGAAUGAAGAUUGCGCGAAACUACGUAAUGAGUCGUCAGUUUCAAAGAACUUCAUCUGCGCCAGCCAUGAUUAUGGAUCAUUCUGCGUGGGAGACAGCGGUGGCCCAUUAGUGUAUAAGAACGGCGGUGGCCGCUGGACAUUGAUCGGAUUGGUGACCUACACCAAAUGGCCAUGCAACGUCACAAAUCUUCCGAUGCUUUUUGUUAGAAUUAUGCCUUUUCUGGAAGACUUCAUCACACCUUGCAUUCAGAAUUCUACGUGUAAAUGCAAGGCACCAAACGAAGAGGGUGUUUAUGAUGAUAUUCUGAGAACUUAA